CCUCGGUCGGAAGAAGAAGAAGAAGGAGGAAGUUCCCUUCCCUUCCCUCCCCUCCCUCCCUCCCUCCUUCCUUCCUUCCUUCAUUCCUGCGCUCGUCUCGUCUGCUUCAUCGGAGCAGCAGUUGAGGCCGGCUCUGCGAGUGGUGACCGACCCUCUUCAUCCCAUCAUCGGCGUCGUCGUCGUCUCCCUGAAUUUCGUCAGUUCGCACUUCGCGGUUCUUUUCUUUGUGCGGAGUCUUGUGAUCCAAUGUCGAGCUCCGGUGCGAUUCCAGGCCUUCCAGCUCUUGUUCGCGAACCCUAAUACUCUCUCUCUGCGUGUCCUCCGCUCUCCGAACCUUAGAUCCUCUCAAGGAAUUGAAUGGACUAUUUCCGUCCCUUGCAUUAACGCUAGUCUAUGUAAACAUGAAUCGCCCAACCACGCGAAGUAAAAAUAAAAAGCCCAAGCCAUCCAACGAUGUUGACAAGAUUUCAGACACACUGAGGAAAAUUCAUGCGUCUGGUGAAAUAACCCAGGAUGACAUAAACCAGUUAUACAACAUUGAGAAGCCCAUAUGCCAGGGCUGCCGAGUAAAUGCUAAAGAUAACCCAAAUUGCUUUUGUGGCCUGAUUCCAUCUCCCACUGGAAGCCGGAGAUCUGGAAUAUGGCAAAAGAUGUCAGAUGUUAUUCAAUCUUUGGGUCUGGACCCCUUUAAGGAACUUCGUGCUUCACUCGACUCACCUGCUGGAUUAACUAAUUUGGGCGCAACAUGCUAUGCUAACAGUAUUCUCCAAUGUCUAUACAUGAAUACAACUUUUCGAAAAGGAGUCUUGUCCAUUGAAGUUGAUGUACUGAGAAAACAGCCUGUGCUGGAUCAGCUUGCCCGGCUCUUUGCUCAGCUUCAUGCAAGUAAAAGAGCAUUUGUGGAUUCUGCUCCAUUUAUAAAGACGCUGGAGUUAGAUAAUGGCGUUCAACAAGAUAGCCAUGAAUUUUUAACCUUACUCCUUUCUCUGCUUGAGCGAUGCCUCAGCAAUUCCCGAAGUGUCGUGGCUAGGACUAUUGUUCAAGAUCGCUUUCGUGGAAGUGUGUCCCAUGUGACAACCUGCUCAAGAUGUGGGAAAGAUUCAGAGGCCUCUUCAAAGAUUGAAGACUUCUACGAGUUGGAACUGAAUGUUUUGGGUUUGAAAAGUUUAGAUGAAAGUUUAGAUGAUUAUCUACGGGUGGAGGAGCUCAAUGGGGAAAAUCAGUACUUUUGUGAAUCCUGUGAAACAAGAGUUGAUGCUAGCCGAAGCAUAAAGCUUCGGACACUUCCUCGCGUACUUAAUAUCCAGCUUAAGCGUUACGUUUUCCUUCCUAAGACUACAACAAAGAAAAAGAUCACUUCUGCAUUUUCUUUUCCUCGGGAACUUGAUAUGCGGAAGAGAUUAUGUGACCCAGCUCAGGUUGAUUUAAUAUAUGACUUGUCAGCAAUACUGAUACACAAAGGAACUGCAGUAAACAGUGGGCAUUACAUUGCUCAUAUUAGAGAUGAAAAGACAGGGCAGUGGUGGGAGUUUGAUGACGAGCAUGUCUCAAAUUUAGGUGAUCACCCAUUUGGAGAAGAUUCGUCAGGUCACAAGAGUAAACCUGCACAAAAGGAGCCACUUGUGCACUCUUCGCCAGUUUCUGUUGCUGGUGAUGCUACAGAUGACGUGCUGCCACAGUUUGCAGAAAAUGGUGAUUCAGAACAUUCUGAGAUAUUUUCAUCUGCUGAUGCAUACAUGCUUAUGUACAACCUGCGGCAAACCAAUGCGCAUCUUCAGAAGACGUCCAUGGUUCUAAAUGCCAAUAAUAUUGAAACCGAACGCACCAACUGCACAUCAAAUGAUGUCACUUCUCUUCCAUCUUACCUUAGAGACGAGGUUGAUGAAUUGAAUGCAUCAUAUGUGGAAGCAUGCCACCAGUAUAAACUACAGAAGGAAACAACAUUGCAUCUUAUUGAAGAAAGGAGGCAAGAGGUGCGCCUAAUUCUUUCAGAAGCUCCUGUUCAGUCAUUUGAGGAACCUUUUUAUUGGAUAUCAGCAAAUUGGCUCCGCCUGUGGGUUGACAAUAUUAUGCCUCCUAUUCUGGAUAACACUCUCAUUCAAUGCUCUCAUGGAAAAGUUCACAUGGCAGAAGUAGGCUCCAUGAAGCGAUUGUCUGCCAGUGCUUGGGUGAAAUUGUUCUCAAAGUAUGGUGGGGGGCCGGCACUGGCCAAUGAUGACUCCUGCAUGGACUGCCUAAAAGAGGCGGCACACAGACUGGUUUGUGCUGACAGCUAUAGGGAUCGGAGAAAAUCGGUGAAGGAACUUGCAGAUUCUGUGCUUUCCGGAAAUUGUAGCGAUGGAACGUACUAUGUAUCAAAGGCCUGGUUACAACAGUGGGUGAAAAGAAAAAUCACAGAUGCACCAAGUGAAGCUGAUGCAGGGCCUACAGCUUCAAUCAGAUGUCCUCAUGGGCAACUUAUGCCUGAGCAGGCUGCCGGUGCUAGGCGUUUGCUGGUUCCUGAGAAUCUUUGGCUAUUCUUUUACGAAGAUGCAGUAACUGUGAAUCCUGAUGAUCCUUUAGGUUGUCCUAGCUUCCCCAUUAGCUCGGAGCAGUGCUCUCAGUGCAGUGAGAAAAUUUCAGAAGUGGCAUGCCUAGAAGAUACUCUAAGAGCGGUGAAGAACAAGCAGCGUGAAAAUCACGAGAAGCUAGCUGCUGGUAAAAGCUUUCCACUUCUUCCCUAUCAUGAGUAUAACUUGUUGCCCUCGGUAUGGCUCACAACAUGGAGAAAUUAUGUGAAUGCUAGUGGCAAGAACACUUUGUCGUGCGAUGAACCUGAAUCUUUGGAUUCCGUGAUUGAUAAGCUGACAUGUGAGAAGCAGCAUUUACGACUUCUGGAAAGGCCUCUUGACCUGGUACACAAGCGUGGAGCAAUUUUUCAGAAAGUUUCUCUUACAGAUGGAUUGACAAUCAUUACAUCAAGUGACUGGAAAUGUUUCUGUGAAGAAUGGGGAUGCUCUGAGAACAAAGGCAUAUCUGCUAUCAUUGAGCAUGAUAAUGAUGCCCAAGAUAAGGGUAUGUGUGGUAAAGAGACAUCGAUAUGUAAUGAGCAGCUGGGUUCUAUUGAUGGGUCAAAUAAUCGACUUGAUGAGAGAAGGCUAGUGAUCAGGACAUCUCCAGAGGUCUGUGAGGAAUGCGUUGGAGAAAGAGCAAGCUCCGAAUUGAUGCGGAGAUUGAACUAUUGCAACGAAGACAUAUAUGUCACGUUUGUACAUGGAAAGGAAGUUCCAAAAUCUGUCUUAGAAGCAUCUGAGACUGCGUUUGAUCCAGGCCGCCGGAUAUCUAAACGCUCUAGAAGGACAAAUUAUGGAAGUGCGGUUAAUCUGAAAGUUUCUGGCUCUACAUCAAUAUACCAGUUAAAGAUGAUGAUAUGGGAAUCUCUUGGGGUUGUGAAAGAAAACCAGAUAAUUCACAAAGGGCACACAAAAAUAGAGGGGGAAUUUUCUACUCUUGCAGAUUUUAACAUAUUUCCUGGUGAUACACUUUGGGUGAGGGAUUCAAAGAUCCAUGAGCAUCGAGAUAUUGCUGAUGAAAUAUCCAUUCAAAAAAUGGAUGUGGAACAUGCUGAGGAAGGUUUUCGUGGAACACUUUUGACGACUGAUUUCCCUUCAUAAGUUUGGAGAAGUUGGCUCUUGUUAAAUCUUUUGAAACUCUGGUUGUCCGACAUGCUUUUAGGUAAAAGCAAAUGUUUAUCACAAGGUCUUCUCCUUGUAAACUUUAGUCUCAUUGGUAAAUUUACAACGCAACCUUUGUAUAUGGGUUUUUUGUGUGGCUGCUGCAUAGAGUUCAUGACAUCGGUUUUAUGUUUUACACUAGAUGUAGACAAAGUGAUAUUCUAGUUAGCAAUUUGAAGCCAGUGAAAGAUGUGAGGCUUUUUUGUGGCUGCAAGACUUUAUCAUUCUAAGAUCUUACUUCUCCUAUCAACUUUAGUCAAUAGCUGGACUUAAAUCAAAGCUAUUUGUACUUUUGAAUUUGAGGAAAAGAUAUCUGAAUUGAACAGUUUUUAGAUUA